CCCUUCUUGGAGUUGCGCAGUGAACUGCCGAUAGAAGUUCUCGAGCGUCGCGGCUACUCAAGGCCUCUGAUUGACCUCGUAGCCAUGCUGAUGCAUAAGGACCCAACCACACGGCCCACAGCGCGUGAUGUUCUGCGCUUUUUUCAGCUUCCACCGCGCGUUCCGGAGCUGGUUAAAAGGUGGUCUACCGCAGUGGAAACGUGUGAGAACGAGGAGCCAUCGGCAUCGCUGGAGAUGCGAUUUGUGCAUGCCGUACUUGAAGUUUCUUUGCGGCUGGUGGAUCUUGCACGCUGGGCCAUUGACGGGGCAUCCUUGAACAACCACCACCACCACAACAGCGGUGAUGGUGGUGGUGGUGCAAACUGUGCCUUUGGCGGCGGUGCUGUCCGGCGACCUCGUAAUGACGUUGAGGAGUCGUGCACGCCAAAGACGCCAGUGAUCAUUCGCAGGCUGGACGCUGGUUAA